AUGUCCGGGCUCAGGGCGCUGCUGGGGCUCGGCCUGCUGGUCUCCUCGGGCUCCCGGCUGGUGGCGGCGGGCGGGGGGCGCUGCCCGGUCCAGCGGGCGCCUCCUGCGGGGGCCUGGGGCGCAGGCCGGGGGCGCAGCAGCAGCGCCAUGCAGAACCCGGGGCGCAGCGGGGUCAAGCACCUCAGCCAGGAGGAAGCACAAGCCAUCGAUCAAGAGCUCUUCACGGAGUACAAGUUCAGCGUCGACCAACUCAUGGAGCUGGCGGGGCUGAGCUGUGCGACGGCCAUUGCCAAGGCCUAUCCGCCCAGCUCCUUCACCAAAAGCCCACCCACGGUGCUGAUCGUCUGUGGCCCGGGGAAUAACGGCGGGGACGGCUUGGUCUGUGCCAGGCACCUGAAGAUGUUUGGCUACGAGCCGAGCGUGCAUUACCCCAAGCGGCCCGGCAAAGCUCUGUUUGAAGGGUUGACGACUCAGUGCCAGAAGAUGGACAUUCCCUUUCUCUCGGAGUUCCCAUCGGAGGCCAUGCUGAUUGAUGAGCUGUAUGGCUUGGUGGUGGAUGCUAUUUUCGGGUUCAGCUUCAAGGGAGCCGUGCGGGAACCUUUCGGCAGCAUCCUCAGGACCUUGGAGCAAGUCACCGUCCCCAUCGCCAGCAUCGAUAUCCCCUCUGGCUGGGACGUGGAGAAAGGCAGCCCCGACGGCCUCCAGCCCGACAUGCUCAUUUCUCUCACUGCCCCCAAGAAAGCUGCGGAGCAUUUUGCUGGCCGCUAUCACUUCCUGGGGGGUAGGUUUGUGCCACUGGCUCUGCAGCGAAAAUACUCGCUUAAUCUGCCGCCCUACCCCGAGACUGACUGCGUCCUGCAGUUACCCUAGCCGGGGCCAGGCAGGAUUGGCUUUAGCCAAAAUCUGAAUGAGGGGGGGGAUUUGAUUGUGAAGCAGAGACAAGCCCUGCCCAGUGUGUAGGUGUUGGGGGGGGGGAGCAUUGCUGGUUAGUAGAGGUGAGGCCUAGCUGUGCUGCACAAGUAGGGCCUGGUUCUGCAAAGCGCCUUUGACUUGCGCUGAUCGCGCGGGUGGGGGGCGCUCAGCGCCUCGUUUGGUGCUAGGAAAUCCCCGGCAUAGCUCUGCCUGGCGCGUGCAAAGCCAGCUGUGGUCAGCACACGUGUGCUGGGUCUGACCCAAUGCCCUUUGCAGUCGACGGGAGGCUUUGGAUCAGCACCAAAGGGUUAAAGUUCAUUAAAAGGGGGGGGGUGUAUUUGUUGGGAGUUACAGGUGGGUCUAGAAACGAAGCUCUGACGUGAACUCUGUUUAAUAUACUACACCCGGAAGGGCCUGCGUUCCAUGGGCUUUACAGCUGUAGCCACCGCUGAUGUGUAUAUAAAAUCCACCCUGUUUUUUCUCUGCAAUAAAAGAUUUAUUGACACUAAAAAUCUCCCUGAAUUGGCCUUUCCUUCCCAUCUGACCCAUGCUGCAAACAUACAGCGGGUGAAACCCUGGCCCCCUGAAGUCCGCGGCAAAACUCCCACUGCCACUACUGGUGUUUCAACCCCUCAUGGGACGCAACAGCCAGAAAUGGGAUGCAAAAGCUGGAGAAUUGAGUUAUUCACAAGUGGCGUGAUCAGCAGAUUCCCUUGCAGGGCAGAGCCGUGCUCAGUGGUUGGGAUCAGUGCUGUGAGGGGUAUUUUUAGUCUCCUCUUUGCUCCGCCUUGUCCGGGGUCAAAGGGUUUGUCUACACAGCACGUUACUGUGCGGUAACAUCCCGUGUGGACGCUGCUGCAAUGCACUGAAAGUGCCUCACGCAGUAACCUGCUGUGUGGACAAGCCCUAAGAGCAUCUGCUUCCGGCUGGGCUCCAGCAGCAUCAGGGUUAGAUCCUGGAGGAGGAAAAAACCCCCACCCCGGCUAUAAACUCCCCAGUGGCUCUUUUCCAGCAGUCGGACACUAGCCAUGUCUUUCCACCCACGUACUUGUGCACAGAGCGGCCCCCUUGGGUAAGAGGGCGGGCCCGUUAACCCCUGCAGCCAAAGCGGGGGUGG